AACAAACAACUUAGCACGUAUAAAUGUAUUUGAAAGUGCCAAACACGAACCCAAGUUGGGAAGAUAUUAUAAUAUUUACACACAUAGAAAAAAGAUUAUAUAAAGGACUUUCAUUUUGAAGUAAAUCAUAACAAAAACGAAGAAACAGAAAGAGCAGCGGCAGGUACGAUGAGAUCCUCAAGAAUGAUGAUGCGAAUGCACAGCUUGGUUUAUGUCGUGGUCUUGAGUGCCAUCGCGGUUACGGUGACAGCAUAUCCGUACUCAUCCCCUCAAACACCACACUACAAUUCCCCUGUCCACAAACACGAAUCACCUUAUUCACCUAAAAAGUAUUCCCCAUAUUACAGUUCAUCACCACCACCUUAUUAUUCGCCUUUUCCAAAGGUUGACUACAAGUCUCCACCACCACCAUACGUCUACAGUUCUCCACCACCUCCUUAUUAUUCUCCUUCUCCAAAUGUUGACUACAAGUCUCCACCACCACCAUACGUCUACAGCUCCCCACCACCUCUUUAUUACUCUCCUUCUCCAAACGUUGACUACAAGUCUCAACCACCACCAUACGUCUACAGUUCCCCACCACCUCCUUAUUACUCUCCUUCUCCAAAGGUAGACUACAAGGCUCCACCACCACCAUACGUCUACAGCUCCCCACCACCUCCUUAUUACUCUCCUUCUCCAAAGGUUGAAUACAAGUCUCCACCACCACCAUACGUCUACAACUCCCCACCACCUCCUUAUUACUCUCCUUCUCCUAAAGUAGACUACAAGUCUCCACCUCCACCAUACGUCUACAGCUCCCCACCACCUCCUUAUUACUCUCCUUCUCCUAAGGUAGACUAUAAGUCUACACCACCACCAUACGUCUACAGUUCCCCACCACCUCCUUAUUACUCUCCUUCUCCAAAGGUGGACUACAAGUCUCCA